GGCUUCUUCUUCCUCUUCCUCUCUCUCUCUCUCUCUCUCUCCCUCUCUCUCUCUCUCUGCGUGUGUGUGUUCCUCUCGCCAUUAAUGGCGAAUCCCCCGAAGCCAUGGAAAGCGGAGUACGCGAAAUCGGGGCGCUCGUCGUGCAAGGCGUGCAAGGACGCCAUCGCCAAGGACCAGCUCCGCCUCGGCAAGAUGGUCGCCGCCACCCAAUUCGACGGAUUCAUGCCCAUGUGGAACCAUGCAAGCUGCAUCUUCAAGAAGGGCAGCCAAAUAAAAUCUCUUGAUGAUGUCGAGGGAUAUGACUUGCUAAGGUGGGAUGACCAACAACAGUUAAGAAAGUAUGUGGAAGGCGGAUUGUCAAGUACAACUGCUGUUGCUAACAAUGAGUGUGCUAUUGAAGUCUCUCAGACUUCCCGUGCUGCAUGUAGGAGGUGCAACCAGAAGAUUAUGAAAGGAACGGUACGUGUCUCGACCAAGCCUGAGGGACAAGGUGCAAAGGGUCUAGCAUGGCACCAUGUCAAUUGUUUUGUGGAGAUGUCUCCAUCCACGAAUCUUGAGAAAAUUUAUGGUUGGGAUACACUAUCACUUCAAGAUAAGGAAACUGUUUUUGCACUUGUCAAGAAGGGUGUUUCUGGCAAAAAAGCAGACGAGCAUUCACAGCAAGCAACUUCAAAAGGUACUAAGCGAAAGAAAGGUGAUGGCAACAGCCAUGCAUGUAAGGUUCCCAGACUUGAGGAGAGUAAUUUGGAAGGUGGAAUUCCAAGAAUGGGAAAUGCUGUUGACUCUGGUCAAUCCAGUUCUAAUUCGAAUGAACUGGAAAGAAAGCUAAAAGAGCAAAGUGAUGCGCUGUGGAAAAUAAAAGAUGAGCUUAAAAAGCAUGUAACUGUUGCAGAACUUAGGGAGGUGCUUGAAGCUAACGAUCAGGAUUCGGCAGGAUCAGAAUAUGAUCUACGUGAUCGUUGUGCUGAUGGAAUGCUUUUUGGAGCAUUGGCUAGCUGCCCUAUAUGUUCGGGUUCCCUUCACUACUCUGGAGGUGAAUACCGUUGCCAUGGUUAUGUGUCAGCAUGGAGUAAAUGUUCAUACUCCACAACUGAACCUGUCCGUCUUAAGGAGAAGUGGAAAAUUCCUAGAGAGACAAGUAACGAAUAUCUAAUCAAGUGGUUCAAGACUCAAAAGGUGAAAAAGCUUACUAGAGUUCUUCCCCCGCCAUCACCUGCUAAAACUUUGAGUAGUAAAGUUGGCAUGCAGACUCAGUCAUCUAAUGGUGAAGCGCUAGGAAACUUGAAAGUAGCUUUAGUUGGAAAAUCCAAGCAAGAAAUUGAAAAAUGGAGCCAAAAACUUGAUGCUGCUGGGGCUAAAGUUCAUGCCAAAAUUAAAAAAGAUACUAACUGUUUGGCCGUAUGCGGAGAGUUGGAUAGUGAUAAUGCUGAAAUCAAGAAAGCCAGGAGGAUGAAGUUACCCAUAGUGAGGGAAGAGUACCUUGAUGAAUGUGUUAGAAAGAACAAAAUGCUUCCUGCUGCUUUAUAUAAAGUCGAGUCGGCGUCGGAGUCUUCAAGAAGCAGCACAGUUACUGUUAAAGUAAAAGGACGCAGUGCAGUGCAUGAGGCCUCUGGUUUGCAAGAUGCAGGUCAUAUUCUUGAGGUCGGGAAAAGCAUAUACAAUACAACCUUGAAUAUGUCCGACCUUUCAACUGGUGUAAACAGUUACUAUAUUCUUCAAGUCAUUGAAGAGGAUAAAGGGUCACAAUGUUAUGUAUUUCGAAAGUGGGGGCGAGUUGGCAAUGAUAGAAUUGGUGGUACCAAGUUGGAAGAGAUGUCAAAGUCUGAUGCAAUUCAGGAAUUCAGAAGACUCUUUCUUGAAAAGACUGGAAACCCUUGGGAAGCAUGGGAGCAAAAGCAAUUCCAGAAGCAACCAGGAAAAUUUUAUCCACUAGAUAUUGACUACGGCGUCAAGCAAUUGCCUAAGAAAAAAGACCCUGCUAAGGAGAAAAGCUCGCUUCCCCCUCAGUUGAUUGAACUAAUGAAGAUGCUUUUUAAUGUUGAAACUUACAGGGCUGCUAUGUUGGAGUUCGAAAUAAAUAUGUCUGAAAUGCCACUGGGAAAACUGAGCAAAGAGAAUAUCCAGAAGGGGUUUGAAGCUUUAACAGAGAUACAAAAUUUGUUGAGUAGUGAGGGUGGACAUGAUCCAGCAGUUAGAGAAAGCUUGCUUAUUGAUUCAAGUAACCGUUUUUUCACUCUAAUUCCUUCGAUUCAUCCUCAUGUCAUAAGACAUGAUGAAGAAUUCAAGGCAAAAGUAAAAAUGCUUGAAGCGCUUCAGGACAUUGAAAUUGCUUCUAGACUUGUUGGCUUUGAUGGUGAAAAUGAUGAAUCUCUUGAUGAAAAGUACAAGAAGCUCCGAUGUGAUCUUACUCCCCUACCUCAUGAUAGUGAAGAUUAUAAAUUGGUUGAGAAGUAUCUCCUCAACACACACGCUCCUACUCACAAGGAUUGGACUCUUGAACUGGAGGAAGUUUUUACACUUGAAAGAGAAGGAGAGUUCGAUAAGUAUGCACCUUACAGAGAUAAACUCCAGAACAAGAUGCUGCUGUGGCAUGGUUCAAGAUUGACAAACUUCAUUGGUAUUCUGAGUCAAGGUUUGAGGAUAGCACCUCCUGAGGCUCCAGCAACAGGCUACAUGUUUGGCAAAGGCAUCUACUUCGCUGACCUAGUGAGUAAGAGCGCGCAAUAUUGUUAUGUGGACAAAAAAGAUCCAGUGGGUUUGAUGCUUCUUAGUGAGGUUGCUUUGGGGGAGGUGCAUGAGCUCAAGAAAGCUACGUAUAUGGAUAAACCGCCGAAAGGGAAGCAUUCUACUAAAGGUUUGGGUAAGACGGUACCUUUGGAAUCGGAGUUUGUGAAGUGGAAGGAGGAUGUCAUUGUCCCUUGUGGUAAACCAGUUCCUUCAUCCAUCCGAGCGUCGGAGCUGCUGUACAAUGAGUACAUUGUCUAUAAUACUGCUCAGGUCAAGAUGCAGUUCUUGCUGAAGGUGAGAUUUCAUCACAAGAGGUGACUACUAUAUAAAGAGUAACAUUUUUAGCAUAAAUUUUGGACCGAGAGAGGUAUAGUUUGACCCCUCAAGAGUUGGUGCAUUUUGCUAUUGAUAUGCGCAUCAGCUUAUGGUAUGGUUGAAAUUUCGUAUAUUGCAUGCUGAUCUAACAUAUUAUCCUUGUAAAUCUACAAGUUUUAGUGAAACUGGUCUCUUUUGUUACCUUUUCUUGUAAAUAAGAAUGUUAUCCUUAAGCAUGUUGCUUCAUGGUCGAAA